UAGCAAUACAAAGCCAUGUAUUAGUAUGCAAUAUCUCCAGCUCGAGAUAGUCCCCCUCAGCUUAUCAAUACUCUUCGCAAAGAGAUGUUCUCCCAGUCCACACUGCUACAUAUACUCCCUCGUGCUCACGCAAUUCUCGAGUGCAUACCCCACCCAAUCCUUGCCUACCCCCCUUCUCCGCUGCAUCUCCGUCACCUCCUCCUGAUAUCCGUGCGCCUCCAAUUCUCGUAUCCCUUCCUCUCCUUGUUCUGCGAACGCCGUCCCAACAACGCCCUGUACGCCUUCCUCAAGCACAGACUCCUUUUAGUCUAGGUCUGGAGGGUCGGCCUCUAUGCGCUUGUAUAUGAGGCCGAGCAGGGUGGUAUCUGAAGAGAGAGUUAGGUGGAAAAUGUGUUGGAGGUCCCCGUUGG